UGCAGGUCUGCAGCUUCCUUCAUCAACACUUCACCUCCUUUUCGGGCAGCAUCCUGGACAAUUCAUUGAUGCCCAGAAACAGCUAAGCUCAUGCGGAUUUUUUUGGAUGGGGCCUUUUCUUCUGCGCGCGAGCAUGACGCACGAGCAUAUGCGGUAUUUCGAGGGAUACCGAGCGGUAUCAGGUCUGGCGCAGAGAAUGGUCAAUGAAAGGCUAUCAGUACCUGGCAUGGACGAAGGAAGCUCAGCCUAUCACCGACUGUUCCGAUUGACCCCCAGGGUUUCAUUAGCCAUAUCCGUGGAAAUAAUCACGGAUUGAACGUCCCUCGGAUUCAUAUCCAGCAGAGAUUCCCAGACUUGUCUCGAGGCCAUUGCGUUGAACA